CUGAAACAUUUCCUCUCUCUGCGUUCUAGGCGGGACUAACCUUGAUUCCUUACGACGCUAGCACCUGACUGCAACGAAUCGCGAUGGCGAUGCCUCGAUCCUUGUCCACUACGGCAAACGACAAACUCUACGAGAUCUUAAAAUCGAUAGAACAUCUGGUGCAUUUCGCACACUGGGCAUAUUUGAACGAUGACGGCGUUGAAUUUCGAAUGUACGCAGCGGAAUUAAAAGGCUCUCUCAACGCGCGAUAUCUUCGAAUAGAAACUCCAUUUCGGAAAAGAGGAUCGCUGCUCGCUCCUUCCACUACACACGUACACUUAGGCAUUCGCACUAGCGAUACUUUAGUCCUGGCAUUUCCUGGAUAUAUUUUCCCAAUUGCUUGGGAGGAUAUCCUACAACCGACGCAAUUCCGUGGAUUCUUAGCUAAUGUCUGGACAGACAUUAGUUUCGGCUUGACAAAAAUUGACUGGCUCGAUGCGGACCUUCCGAAUGUGUUUGUACACAAAGGCUUCUUGCUUGCUUUCAACAAUUUUCUACAGGACGACAAGUUGCUAAGCUACAUCAACCAACUCCGGCGAGACACAUCGAGGCAAGAUUUCGAAAAGAUUGAAAUCUGCGGCCACGGUCUUGGGGGUGCUCUAGCGACCUUGUGCGCCCUAUGGUGCAAGAUAAAGUGGCCAGACAAGGACAUUACCUGCGUCACGCUGGGCUCUCCAAGGGUUGGGAACCAACACUUUGUCGAAGAGUUUACGAGGCGCAACAUCCGGUGCUACCGGCUUGUGGAGCAAUACGACCCGAUUCCCACCGUGCCUGACAGAUACAGCCAAGCUGUUUCCAUUAAGAUCCCGCCCUCCCAUCCGGGCUUCAGCAUCAGGAAGAGGAAAUAUCAGCAUGCUGGCGAAUCGCUGUCCCUGUGGCAACAUGUUAGCGGGGAAAUAAUCCUACGGGAUUUCGACCCGCCAGGCGUAAAUGACGAAGAGAUUGCUGGGGAUCUCUCCAUUCCGGUUGAUAUCGGACUACGUCUCGGGUGGUGGGCCCCUUACUGGAUGUGGAGGGGACCGCGAAUAUUAUGGAAUCUUUGGCAUCACAAUCCCUCACACUACGCCAAAAUGGUGUGGGGGGUCAUGGACCAGGAAAUGGACCAGGAAAUGGAACAGGAAAUGCACAGGGUCAGGAACAGGAUCCUCAGGGCUUGAUCUCAAUGCUUAAUUCAUGAUCUAAGUGGCGUCAACUAGUUCACCAGACAAUAUGGAAGGUACAGAUGUGUUCCGAGAGUCGCGCGGCACGUAUCCCUUUCUCACCAUCGUUCUAUGUUACUCUACCAUAUUGGGGCCAUUUUUGAUGUCUUCAAUCUCAUCAGUGAGACAAAAGCAUGGUGGUGCUCUAUUUAGUCUCGCGGGCGGUCCCAGUUUUGGUACUCCCGCCUUUCGCUCAGGCUCCAGAAUUGGAACUGCUGCUCAAUAAGGGCGCCGAUAUCACAUAUAUCGGGAUAUCGGAUUUCAACGGCUAUUACGGCAGUGAAGCUUUUUCUUCUAUCGUAGGCGUCCAUCGCCACCUGCCUCGUCA